AUGCGCUUCCUCGCCACCGUCCUCUUGGGUGCAAUCCCAACCGCUUCCGCUCAAUAUAGUGCCUAUCUUGUUGGCUGUAUUGGACAGAUCCAGCAACAAAUCGAGGCCCUUGACUAUACGGUCGCCGGCUUCGAUGGCGCUCCCCUUACCGGAGUAUCAGACAUUCUCGGAAUUCAGACACAAGCCGACUCUCUUGGCCGCACUAUCCAGUCAUGCACAUACAUCGCCUAUGAUACUCCACUCCUCAACAGUCAAGACUCAGAAAUCGUAUCAGCUGCCAUCUUGCAGUUACGGCCAAUUGUCGAAGAUCUUCUUACUCGCCUCCAAUUCUUGAGGCCAAAAUUCGACUCGGCCUUCUUUGGAGUUUUCAGCGUGAGCAAGCAGAUCCAACAGGUUUUGACAGACCAGAAGGCUUUGACUGUCGCUUUCGCUCAUGAGGUUACGAAGAAACUGUCGGGGGCCUACCGUGAAAAAGCGCCAGAGCUUACGGAUGAGUUCAAGGAUGCUUUCGAUGUGGCCAUUGCUGAAUACGCCGUUGCGGACGGUAUUCAGCUUCCAGGAAUUCCAAUCCCACCUUUUGUGCCAAAGAAAGUUUGA